UUAUCUCAGCUUGGGCUCAGACGUUACUCAAGCCAUGACCCUGGUUAAGCUAAACCGUAACCAGAUUAAACCCAUGUUUAGCGUUAAAACUAGUCACGUGAGUGCAACUGUCUUGUGUAACGUCUGAGAAACUGUUGCGAAUUUCCUGUGGAGUCGACGUGAUGAGAAUUGCUAGAAUUGACGAGAUAUUCGAAUAACAUCAUAUGGAGAAGUUGAGUGGGCUCCAAAAGUUGAUGAAAUAUAGAUAAGGAGUUUUAAAACUGCUUGUUGCGUCAUCACUUGACGGGAUCAAUCUCCAGGUCACCCUCCAUGCGAGUGAAGCGGCGGCGAGGCCGCGCCCAUCAGCAUGAAAUCCCCUCAUACCAGAAUCCGGCCUCUUUACAAUCAGCUUCUAUCCAGAAAACGAUUGAAGAACGGAUAUCCACCAUUGCAACGACGCCAGAGAAAGAGUUAUGUUCGGUACAGCAUGAUCUUAUCUUCCACGGUUUACAGCGACUCCUGGGUGGUCGGCUCCCACGUAUCAACCAGGUUCGGGCUCUUCGACGAAUUGUUUUUCGCCAUGGGGAUACUAUUGUCUCUGCUAAGACUGGUUUUGGGAAGAGCAUCAUCUUCCAUGCUAUCCCAAUCUUUAUUAGAAGAAUUGUCAUCCAGUUGAUUCCUUUAAGCAAGCUUGGAGAGGAGCAGAAGCGGUCGAUUGAACAGUUACCAGAGGCCAGGCCUUGCCUUGUUACAGCGGAGACCAAGCACACGAAUCCGAACCUGUACAAGGAGAUUGCAGCUGGGUUAUAUACCCAUAUCUUGAUGGGUCCUGAGCAAGCAGUUAGCGAUGAGUUUCGUGAUUUGCUGUUAAAUCCUGAUGUAAAGAAUAAGAUUGGCGUGGUUGCAAUUGACGAGCUCCAUGUUAUGGAGCAAUGGAAGGAAUUCCGUUUGGAAUAUCUCAAGAUCAGGGAAUUACGUCGGUACUUACGUGCUGAUACCAUCUGGUUUGGUUGUUCUGCCACUUUGAACAAGGCCACAGAACAGGCUGUCAUCUAUCAUGGUGGUUUCCACGAAGAGACACACCAUGAACUGCCACUCAAGAUCAUCCGAGUCUCAAUUGAUCGACCUGAUAUCUCACUUAAUAUUCUGCCCAUUGAGAGAGGAAAGAGCAUGGCUUACCAACGGCUAUGGUUUCUAGUUGAUCAUGCAUUGGAGCAUCCAACUAGUAGGACGGAAGACGACCUCCAGCGAAUCCCGAAAACGAUUAUCUUUGUAGAUGGACUUCAAUCGGUUGCCAAUAUCUCUACAUCCUUAGAGUGGUAUCUCUUUGUUCAAGGGUUUGAACCAACCAUGGUUCGGGAUGCAAUUGGUGCAUAUACAUCGAAUACCCCACGAUACGAUCAGGACUUACUGUACGAUAAGAUCAGAUCCCCA